AUGGGUGAUGAGGUCUGGUCACUGAAAGAAGUUUGCAGAACUUUUGACGAGAGAAUGUCGCAUGUGGUUGGCCACGCGUGUGUUUUUUGUGACCGGUGCAGUCAGCGCAAGCCUAGUCUUGUUCUUCUCACUGCUGACGCCGGCCAGUUCUUUGAAGUUGUCAAACCACAUGUUGCGAUUUCUGCGGCCCGUCGUGUUUUUGAAAGGUGUUCACGGGUGUCGGGUAAGAACUGUGUCACUGUCUUGCGGGGCGAACGUCGCGUGGCUUUCCUUGGUGGUAGCUGUGGCCAUAGGCUGGACAGGUUUGUUUUCUCUUUUUCCAAACUCCUCCUUGCUUUUGCUGCUUGUCUCUUGAUGUCGUUUUGUACACUUGGUGACAUGGUUUGGAGAAUGACUGGCCUGCCUAUUGGAGGCGUUGUGUCCAAAGUUGCUUCAAGUUUUGUACUUGCUGUUGAAGAACAUGAUUGGGCUUUGGACAUCGCCCGUCGUCGCAGACAUGGGUUUAGCCGUCGUGUCCACGCGUGGGAUUUCGAAGUGGCCCGAGCAAGGUACGUUGAUGACAUCUUGUGGCUGUCCGGUCGCUAUUGUCAUGCUGGCUUGUGCCGUGCGGUGUCCCUGGCUUAUUCCGUUCCGUUUGACAUUGAUGCUUGUGCUGCUUAUGUGACUUGGUUGGACAUGGAGUUGCACUUGCCUGAUUUGUCUUGGCGUAUGAAACCGUCCAUGUGGACGCUCCCGCCCCCUUGGGGCGCCCCAAAAGGUUACGCGCAUAGUUUCCUUUGCGGCCGUUUACAGAGGUGGUCGGAAGUUCGCCUCAGUGACGAUGCAUGGCUGACAGCUGCUACCAAUUUGUUUCUCAGCUUUCGCGAUGCUGGGUGGCCCGUGCGUGUCAUCAGAGCUGCUGUUUUCAAAGCUGGGAGACUGACAAGGGUUAAAAGAGACAUGUUGCUCACGGUGCUUCAUGUCUCUUUUUUACAUUAA